AUGGACGCCAACCAGCUCGUCACCGCGACCCUCACGGCUGCGCUUCCUGCGCUAUGCACGACGACUAUAUGGCCCGGCGCUGGUGUCAUGACCUGGGGACCCGACGGAGCCCAAGUCCCUGUGGUUGACCCCAUCAUCUACCAAGCGCCAUGCGCGACUGGCCUCAUUCCCCGGGCCGACUCAUCGCUCACCGUGGCCAGCGACAGCAGCCUCACCCAACACGACUCUAGCGACAGCAGCGUCAAGUUCUCCGACUUUCGCGACCCCUUCUACGCCUCAACUUUCCCAAUAUGUUACGCCCUCGCCGCGACCACCGUAACGGCCUAUAUGCUGGUCAUCAUGCUCUUCGUCACCCCCCGCUCGUUUCUUGACGGAGGCAUCGUCUAUCUGGGCCGACGAGGCGGAUUUACCCACAGCUCAGGCACCGGCAUCAGCAUCGGUGGCCGUCCAUGGCUACAAAAGGUGGCCGCUCUGACCGUGGCCAUGUCGCUCACCGUGGCCAGCGUAGAUACGUUCAAUGUCGCGCAAAACCAGUACACAUGGGGUAUUCAGAAUGCAAAAGAAUUGCAAGAUGAGAUUAUGGGCAGCACUGAGCUCAAGGUUAUCCGCCUUGUUUCGGAUACCUUCUUGUGGCUUGCCCAAGCACAAACUUUGAUCCGCCUCUUCCCUCGACAACGCGAAAAGAUUAUUAUCAAAUGGGUCGCCUUCGCCCUCAUCAUCCUCGACCUAAUCUUCAGUGCUCUUAAUAGCUUCAAGUACUCAGAGAACGGAAUCAACUCGACCGUACGACCCAAGAACUUUGUCCAUCCCGUCCCUGCCCUCAGCUACCUUUUUCAAUUAGCUCUAGGGGUUCUAUACGCGGCCUGGGUUCUGUACUACGCCAUAAUGAAGAAGCGAUACGCCUUCUAUCAUCCCUUUAUGAAGAACAUCUUCUUGGUGUCCAUCAUCUCGAUCUUGUCCAUCGUGAUCCCCAUCGUGUUCUUCAUCCUCGAUAUUUCAAAGCCCGACUUCACAGGUUGGGGAGACUAUGUGAGAUGGGUUGGCGCCGCAGCAGCCAGCGUCGUGGUUUGGGAGUGGGUGGAGAGGAUAGAGGCGUUGGAGCGUGAGGAGAAGAAGGAUGGGAUCCUAGGACGAGAAGUGUUUGAUGGCGACGACAUGCUUGAAGUCGACGCCUCGGAAUUUCCAUGGCUCCGAAAUCGAAAGAAUCGAAAGGGAGGGGGCUCCGGUGGCAGCGGCACUGGUGAACGACAUCAGGCGUCAACAUCCAUGGCGAAUGGAUGGGUCAAUAUGUCUGCCAUAACCAACAGAUACCGGGGGAUAAGCAAUGAUGCCCCUGAGACAACCACAGCGGCAUCGACACAGCGGAGCAUGGGAACCAUACUACGGCCACCAAUCUGGCCGGCAAGACCAGCUCCCGCAGUCACACCCGUCAGCCGGACAGAUACUGCCAGCGCUGCAAGUACAGUCUAUGCCGUACGAUACCAACCGCCAUCAGAGGCCACGACAAGGACGCCUGAUCCGCUGCCACAGCAGAGCGCGGUAGACCUCGCACGACCGAACAGCAACCCCCAAACCCACCCAAACAAUGACGAUACGUCUCCAUGGACUCAAGCCUCUACCUCUCCGCAAAAUGGACAUGCCGUUGCGCCUGCAAGUGGCCACACGGCGGAUCUGGAGGCCAACGGCGCAACGCAAAGCCAAGGUGGUUGGCGGAGUCUCACCUUUGCCAACCCAAUAUUCCGCAACUCCAGUGAAGAAGCAACAAAUGAGGUGCCUCAGAACCAACAGAGUCCGACACCCGAGCCCCGUUCAACUGGCAGAUGGGAUUUGCGGGCACGUCUGGAGGAUUUCGCAGCGAAUCAGGCCGACAAACUUCGUGACCGGAUGCGAACUGCGCCCAAUACGGAGACUCUCCCUACAACGGUGAUUCCUGCGCCUGCCCGACGAGGAGCUGCGUUACAGCAAGUUCUAGAAGAAGAAGAGUUGAUCACAUCACAUCAUUCCCCGUCAAUAGGGCUGGGGGCCAACAGCAACAGCAGCUCAUCGAGAGAGGCAUCUGGAGAGAUGGCACAGCUGGACAGGAGCAGAAGCACAUUUUCGGGCAGUCAGCAGGGCGAGCCGGCAAUUCCGCCGAAUAACCCGCCGCUGUGGCGAGGCGUUCAGUCACGGAUGAUCUACGAGGAUGGGUACUACUCAGAUGAUGAUGUCCGCUCGGUUUCAGAGACAUCUUCGGUAGAUCACCGACGACAAGACUCAGACUCG